AUGCUAGUUCUGGAUAGCACGCUGGUUCUGAAUAGCACGCUGGUUUUUGAUAGCACGCUGGUUCUGGAUAGCACGCUGGUUUUUGAUAGCACGCUGGUUCUGGAUAGCACGCUGGUUUUUGACGCCGCUCAGCUGCCGCCCUUGACGCUGGUGUGCACCAUUGCUGCGUGCACAGGGGCCAUCGCCGGCUUCUGUGUGGCUGUCCCGGCCGUCCACUGUAUAUGGCCUUCCUCGCAGCCAGCUAGACAGGGCUUCCUGCCCACCAAGCGACACAUAUUACAAAGCCGAACGGGCAGCACCUGCAGUUCCAUGCAGAUGUUGAAUUUGCGGGUCAGGGUUGGCCUCUGCGUCAUAUUAUCGCUCCUAUGGGCUUCGAAGGUCUAUGGCGAGGUGUUGGCCGCCGGUAAACUUGAGAAGUGCGUCAGAGAUGGUGUAACCGAGGUAGUGCAAUGUUCCGACAAGCUCGUCAUCACUGUGACCGUUGCAAAUGGCCAAACCUUGAAGACUGAGGAACUUGAUCUCACCGUACUAUGCGUUAACAGCCCAACGGGCGAGUGCCCGUGUCCUUGCAACGCCGCUGUCGAUGAGGACUGCAGCUGUCGUGAUCUGGCGGCGCCCAUGAAGGUGACCAUCACCAAGUCCCUGCUUUGGGCAUCCUACCCGCUGACUUUCGUCCAGCAAUUCAAUUGGAAACCAGUCGAAAUCAUCCAGUACACCAAUAGCAAGAAAUGCAGGGACGGUGAUUACGAGCAAUAUCCAACAUGCCCUUAUUAUUACGACGGAAAGGACAAAGUUCCUGACAGCCAGGGCUUUUGCUGCCAGUGUAGCUCUGGGGAGGUCUGGGAUGACACAUUUGGCGACUUGAAGUAUCGCACGCGUGCAAAUCUGAACUGCGAUUUUAGGCUUGGCAUGUUGAUUGGCAUCUAUCCAGCCGCUGCCCACUGCGUCCAAUUGGACCGUUUUAAUUUUGCCGUGAGUACCCGGGUUGGGCUGGGCUACAAUGUUGGGCCUCCGUCGUUGAACUUUGAAAUCUACGUGAACAUCGAGAUCCCCACCAUCCCCGCUGGAUGGUCUCCCCGAGUUAACGGUACAAGCAGCGUCAGUGUAAAUGCGACGACGCUCUCCAACGGCACCCUUAACACCUCGCAGAAUACAUUCGUCAUGCGAUAUGAAACCCUGACCCUGAGCCCAUCCAUACCACUGGCCGUCAGUAAGACCAAAAUGGUGUCGGUUAAGCUCCUGGGUGAUCUGGCCAUGUACACCAUGCUGCCAACCUUCGGACACCAGAUGCUGAUGCUUCCACUUUACGACAUAGGUAAUCGCAGCACCUGGAUGCUCGUGGACAAGAGCCUGAUUAGCCUUGAUGGCCGCACAUGUGACAAGAUUGGCACCAGCUUCUCAGCCUUCCGCUACCAGCCAAGUGGUUGCCAUCGAGCAGUGUCGACCUGCCUGAAAGGCCAGCUGAAGGACCUGUACGACGAAGACAUGGACCGCAUCAAGAAGGGCCGGGCACCUCUUUACAUGGUCUCACAGUAUCCAGGCUACGAACAAGCCUCAUUUACGGCCGGCAAGUUCGGCAAUGAGACCGUCUUUUUACUGCCCGUCACCAGCCAGUCGCAGUCUGUAUUAACACUUACUGUGUCGGCUGACAAGCUGCGACUGAUAACCAACAGAAGCCCUGGCAAGAUCUCCGAUGUACAGCUGUGUCGAUUUGGCAAUGCAUCCCACUGUGGCUUUUUCGAAGCUGGCAACCGGGGCUACAUUCGGCUCAAUGUCACAAACACUGGCCGCCUGGACGCCGACUACACGGUCGCAGUGACCAAUUGCUCCUCCAAUAUCAGACCCAUUGAGGCCCGCAUGAUCGCAGUAUCGGCCGGCAGGACGGCCCCCCUCUGGCCGCCCAUUGAGGUGUACGUUGAGGACACGGAAAACAAGACAAGAUCUUGUUCGGUACUCCUGUACGAUUCCACGGGAGGUAUUGCCGACCAAACAGAAAUGUCCUUUUCUACCAACCAAACCGACUUCGGACCUACACCCACCGGAGGCUUUAACGGAACUGGUGACAGUCUUGCAAGGUUGGAAAAGGACCUAACGUGUGAUGAGGCCUGCACAAAUCCAAUCAAUGUUUGGUGCAUUGUUGUAAAGCGCUGCUGGUCCAAGCUAUUCCGCCUCUUCGGGUUCAUGGGCGGCUUGUUCGGAGGAUUGGGCCUGCUUGCACUCGCUAUUAAAUACGGUUGGUUGGCAGCCCUUUUCGGAAUGUGCUGCAACCGUGCCGGCAGUGGUGAUGGUGGUGGGGCCAAUGGCUGGUUCAACAAAAGUGGUGAUGGUGUCAACACCGACAAUGGUGGCGGUACACAGAUGGGUAACAAUAAGCAGCCUAUGCCACCAAUGCACCAGAACAAUGUGUACUAUGGAGAUGGAAAGCAGCGACCAUCAUCUGCUCAGUCCUUAUACAAUCCUAACGAUCCCUCGAAGCGCAUGUCCAAUACAAAUAGCAUCCGCUAUGACGCUCGCUCUGGGGGCCGACUGCAGGACACCAUGGGGGGCCUGAGGGCUACUCAGCGGACAGAAGCAUCACGCCAGUCUUGGUUCAAUCCGGCAGCAUGGGCUAUGCGGCCCUCCAGCCGUGCUGGAUCGCUUACUGGCUCUGUUGCCAAUGGCAGGGCCACCGGGCUAUCAGUUCCAGGUGGCUCCCAGAGAGCUUCCAUGGACGGAUCCAGGUCUUCACAGUGGUUGCAGAUGCCACACAGGUCGUGGUUAAGUCCGUCCACAUGGGGAGGGGCGGCACGGCCCUCCAGCAGAGCCGGAUCAAUAACAGGCUCUGUUGCCAAUGGCUUUAAGCCACCAGGGACAGAGGAUGGUCCACGGCCUUCACACCAGUCCUCACGAUCAACCUGGCUAAACCUGGCCACAUGGGCAUCCUCGGUCCUCACGAUCAACCUGGCUAAACCUGGCCACAUGGGCAUCCUCGGCAUUUACUACGACCCCCAGUCCGGAAGCCGAAUGGGAGGCAUCCCGGGCUCCCCGUGGCCCACACAGAGCUUGAUUCCAUGGACAGGAGGGACGAAAUCACGCCAGUCCUGGUUCAACCCGGCCGCUUGGGGUAUGUGGCUCUCAAGCCGAGCCAUGAGCAAGGCCCGCAGGGCAGCCACAGCAGAUGCCACGUCGGUCCUGGUUCGAUCCAGCUAUGUGGGGCCGCGGUCCAGCCAGGAGGAUGCGGUGGCCCAGCAGCACUGGUUUGGUCGGCGCGGCAGGCUCAGGAGUCGCCGGCAGCAGGAUUCCGGAGCCAAGCCCGGGAAACAAGCUGCGCCCAUGUGUGGAUCAGCUGAUCAUGAUCAGCUACUACUGUCGGACAGCAGUUGGACGAGACCACGUGCACAACAUCACAACAUUGUAACUGUUGGUGAGACGCUAUCUCACAGGGACCUAGCAGACACGACUAAGGAGACAUUAGCCGUUACACGUAUUCGGGAGAUCCGCGACCUACCACCGAAAGCCCCUUUGCCUAGGCGUAAACGUGUGAAUCUGAGGUACUGUUACCGAUAAACAGCAGAGACUUAUAAAGGCUUGGAAAGCCUAUCCCAAAGGACGAGAGCUACCAGUACGCUAGAACCUAACAGCCGUUCUGACGGGCCUCCCGAGACAGGUCCAAAGCUGUCACUCAGUCUAACAUGCGACCUCAGACCGGCCACAGCUGUCACUCACGACAGCCUGACAAGUUACCCAAACAGGCCACAGGGCGACACGGCAACCCUUCGCAUCAACACGCCCCCUCGUGUCGCACUAGGGGCCUUACUACAAAUUGCUAGCACCGACGAGCUAGCUCGGCCACCAAGUCCGCGGUCCAGGCCGACUGCUCACCACUCAACAAACACAAACGCAGCUCGCCAGCCUUCAGCCUGAUGGCUAUGCGGUCUGGUGCUGCUGCACAAACACACAGAGAAAACAGUGCCGUACAGCACCAUACGCACUGCCUACGGCGCCCCUUCGGGCAUUAACCUGCCCAUUCGGGCGCCUGCUCACGCACCCUCAGCACCACCCUAAUGCCUAGCUCAAAACAAUUCCUCAAAACCCUCAGCACUCCUCCUCUGACGAUCUAAGUAACGCCCAGCGCUGUGCGGCAGCGCACGAACUUGACCUCGCCCAGUGCCUUGGUUAGGAUGUCAGCCACCAUGUCGUCGGUGGUGCAAUAGCUGAGCUUCACCUCACCACGCGCGACCCUCUCGCGCACGAUGUGGUGGUGCACGUCGAUGUGCUUGGAGCGCACCGACGUGAUGGGGUUGUUGCCGAGGCUGAGCGCGCCUUGCGAAUCCAGUUGGACGUUGACAGCACCCGGGGAAAGGUCCAGAUCGCUCGCCAGCUUGCGCAGCCACAACGCCUCAUGCACGGCUGCUGCUGCGGCCUGGUAUUCGGCUUCCACGGACGAGGCAGCCACGGUGCGCUGCAACUGACUGCUCCAGCUGACCGCCGCGCUGCCGAGCAGAAAAGUGUAGCCCGUGGUGGACCUGCGGGUGGCUGGGUCGCCG